AUGCAUCUGGAGCUUGAGCAGUUUGAUCGGUUACAGGUAUGGGAACUAGUUCCACGACCUGAUGGUGUCAACAUCAUUGGCACUAAAUGGAUCCACAAGAAUAAGACUGAUGAAAAUGGGAACGUGGCAGAAACAAAUCCAGACUUGUGGGAAAAGGCUACACACAAAUCGAAGGAAGAAGUCUAUGUCACACAACCUAAGGGGUUCGAGGAUCCUCACUUCCCUGAUCAUGUCUACAAACUCAAAAAGGCACUGUAUGGACUUAAACAGGCUCCCCGAACCGGGUAUGACCGACUGACUGAGUUCCUGACUCAGGCUAGAGGAGGAGUUGAUAAAACUUUGUUUAUUAGUGAGAAUGGAAAAGACAUACUUAUCAUCCAAGUCUAUGUUGAUGAUAACAUAUUCGGAGGAACCUGUCAGUCCAUGGUUGAUGAGUUUGUUAGAACUAUGACCAAGGAGUUUGAAAUGAGUAUGGUGGGUGAGCUAAGCUAUUUUCUUGGACUGCAAGUCAAGCAGCUUGAUGAUGGAAUCACGCAUUCACGUACCAAACAUGUUGACAUUCGACAUCACUUUGUGAGAGAGUUGGUUGAGAUGAAAAUCGUGAUCCUGGAGCAUGUACCAACUGAAAGACAACUGGCUGAUCUAUUCACCAAACCUCUGGACUAUAACACGUUCCUAGGCUUUCGAAAGGCCUUAGGGAUUGUGAAUCUCUGA